AUGGAUUUGCGCAGCAUCAUCAACACCGAAAGCGCAUCCAAUUCUGACUCCUCUUCCUCUGAGAAUCGCCCUCCAGUCCAUGAGAGAUCCUCGUUCGCUGCUCCUGCUCCUCCCGCGACUCCUUAUGCGCCCUCUUCGCGUGAAUCAUUUGCAGCGCCCGCGCCUUACAACCAUCCUCAACCGCAUCCCCAACCGGUUGAACUACUGAGCUCCCCCUAUACACCGCACUCUGCCAGUGCUGGGGUCCAACAGCACUCACCGCAACAAUCGUUCGCGCCGAAGCGGUCUCAAUCAAUUCAAUCUGUCCUUUCCUCCGACCCUGCCCCCAGCUACCCAUACCACCCCAAAGAUCACUCUCCCGUCGCCGCGCCGCAACCCUUGCCAUCACAGCAAUUUUCGCCUCGCACUCAAAGAUCGUUGCCCGGAACCGCUCUUGGUCCACCUCCGGCGUUUGCGCGCAGUUCUCCCUCCUCCGUGCGCCCCCAGUCAUCCGGACACGAGUCCCAACCAGGCCAACCCCCCAGUUCUUGGGUCGGGCAAGAGUCUGUUCAUAGUCACGAUCAAAAGCCGCUCGUAUCCCCUUCUGCGCAAUCGCGACCCUCCUGGCAGGAUUCGAAACUUGUGGAACAGACCCCGCGACAUCAUUCAGCCGCGUCGGAGAAGGAGCACGAGGAGACUGUGAGCCCGAGGACAGUUGGCACCCCGCAUACUCGUCAAGGAAGCUCUAUAGGACCUGCGGAUCAGGCGGCUGCGUCAUCCGCACGAAGCCAUAGUCACAGCGAAGAGCAAGGUUGGAAGCAGAGCCCUACAAGGUCCUUAUCUCACUCUUCGCAGCAGCAACCGCAACAAUACCAACAAACACCCGUGGACUUGGAGGACAAGGCUCAAUCGUUGCCGUCACAAAUGGACACCACACCUGAUGUUACAGCAAGUCCCAGUUCCCAGCCGCCCAGGCGCAAGAGGAGACGCUUCAAUGAACCGCCUAUCUAUGCGCAAAGAUCCCGGCAUGCCCGCGGAACAGGUCCUGUCAUCAAGAACCCACUUCCACCAGUUCCGAAGCACAUGCGAAAUUCACCAUCUAAUCCGUGGUCGGCGCGCGCUCGGUCGUCCGCUGCUAGCGUCUCAGGUAGCUCAGUGCGCGCAUCUUCGCAAGGACCGCUCAAGGUUCAUGCGGAUGAACCUAUUCCUGCCAAUGGCCCCCCGGUGCAAGCUGCUCCUUCUGCUCCUGCUGUCCCUGUCACCCCCCUUGCCCCCGCCCCACCACAAUCGCAACCUGGAUCUCUUGGUGCAUGGGAACCGUCCAUCACAGGUUAUAUUCCGCAUGAAGACAUGACCAAAUUGGUGUGCGAUUUCUUGUUCCAGCAUGUCGUUCUGCGAAAUGAUGUUGGUGCAGGUCCAGCAGGCUCAGGUGCUACUGGCCAAGGGGCCAUCAUCGAGGUGGAAGCCAAAUUGGGAAAGCACAUCGACCAGGAUCGAAGGGAGAGGUUAUACCUACCAGUGAUGACAGAAACUAUCCUUAACCGAGAGAAUUCGCGUUUCCGGACAUCGUUUGAGAGUUCAAUGAGCUUGGCCCAACACCGCGCAAUGAACAAUUUCCUCAACGACAUCGUCAAAGCCGCCAUGCCCAACAGCAACCCAGGCCGCAUCCCCCUCUCCUACGCCCACAAAAAAGAACGCGAUACCUUCUACGAAGUCCCCCCAUCAGAGCUCCCCCCACUGAUUAGACAAAACCUCAACCCGCGCCACAAGCCCCGAGUCCGCGUAACCACCGACCAAAAAACCGGCGAAAUCCUAGCCAAAAUUGUCAAAAUCCGAAUCGCGGAUCUGAACGUCCUCAGCCCCCGAACCUGCGUCGACUACCGGAUCAGCGUAAACUUGGAAAUGAACUACGAUGGCGACGUCAACCAUCUCCCUGUCGUCGAUACCAAUUCGGAUGGCGGCAAGGCGCGGGAUCGGAACAAGGACCGUAUGAGCUAUCGGCAUUUGGCGUACCAGGUCGAUCUUACGCAGGUUGCCAAAUCGGAGUCCGCGAAGAACGAAUUCGACCACGAACUCGAAGUCGAAAUCUCUGCCGCCGAAAUCCGCCGUCAGGGACAGCUAGCCAUGGCCGGGGAUCCCAAAAACCAGUACGAAGACCUGGUUAAAGGAUUCCUGGAUAAUAUACGGGUAUUGGCGAGAGCUGUGCCGCCACAAUAA